AUGAUUGCGUCUCUAUAUGAACCACCAUUUAUGAUAAUAUCUGAAGGAUGGACCACUUGUAAUAUUUCUGAUUCAAGUACACCUACUGAGAACUGUGAUCUAUUUCGAAGUGAUUGGUCACAAGGACAAAGAGGAAGAUGUCCCAUAUAUGCCCACUCUAACCUGAAAUCACUCUUAUGUGAUGUACCAGAAUUGAAUAAACUACAAGAUUCCGCGUGCAUCUCUCUGAAACCUUUAAACACAGUCAUGAUCACUUCAACAUGGCUGUGUCGUGAUCAUCAUGCUUUCAGACUGGCUAACAAACUACCCAGUUCAGUACCUUUCAAUAUGCCGUUCAUAUCACAGCAAUGUGUUGGAUUGUUUCGUAUAUUUCCAGUAGUUAGCAGUAGCGUAUAUGGGCAUAUGGGACGUAUUAAUUUCAUAUCGAAAUCUAGAGAGUUUUUAAAUCCCACCAAUCUUAAUAAAACUCGAGCUUUAUUGGGUGCUGCAGCUGCAAUCGGUAUUGGUGGCCUUUGUCUCUAUGGUUUAUCUGGAAAGAAUGGUGCACUUUCAACUUUUGAUCGUCCAUUUGCUUGGCCGGAUUACGUAAACCAACGUAUUCGAGCAACGUAUGGCUACCUAGUGGCUAGUGCCAUCAUCGCAGCUGGUUCAGCGGUUGCAUUUUUUCAGUCUCCUACUAUGUGUCGUUUGAUGCUUAGUGGUGGGUGGCUUGCUCCUAUCGGAAUGGUGGCAUUAAGUAUGACUACAGGAGUCAUUUGUCAGUCAAUUACAUAUCCACCAUCGGGUCUAAAUGCUAAACAUUUAGUAUGGAUUGCACAUUCUGUUGCUUUAGGCAGUAUGUUGAUGCCUAUUUGUUUGGCUGGCGGAACAAAUUUUAUUCAAGCUGCCAUGUAUACUGGAGGUAUAGUGGGUUCUAUGUCAUUGGUUGGAAUGACAGCGCCAUCAGACCGUUUUAUCAACUGGGGUAAUCCUUUAGCUAUCGGUUUAGGAAUUGCUGUUGUUUCACUUAUUGGUUCCAUUUUUUUAUCUCCUGUAAAUCGUUUUGGAUCUGGCUUAGCGUCCAUUGAUCUUUACGGUUGUCUUCUUCUAUUUUCUGGAUAUCUACUCCACGAUACACAACAUAUGAUAAGACGGGCAAAAUCUCAUCCACCUCCAAACUUCCAUUCCCCAGGCUUACCAAAUAACAGCGGAUUUCAGAAAUCAGAAGGAUCAAAACCAUUUGACCCAAUCAACGAUUCUAUUCGAAUUUUAUUAAAUGCUGUGAACAUAUUUAAUCGUAUGGCAACAAUGCUGUCUAAUGGUGGCCAGUGCAAGAUAUGA